UCUGAGACAGGCACUGGGUGAAUCAUUAGCCAACUGCCUCACUGGGAUGCUUUUGUCUGGAGUCUAAAAGGAAAAUAUAUACGUUCACAUAGACAUUGCAAUAUCUACUCUCUUCCUGACUGUCUCUUUUUAUUUUGGGGGUUUUACCAAUAAACCAAAGUGGAUGUAAUAUCUGGUGGAUCUCCGGUCCAAAAUGCUGCUGGUUUCCCAGCGCACAGAAGCACCACGCAUGGAGCCCUAUAUACCACUACAAGGAUCCAUAAAGAGAAAGCUGGAAGAUGACAGUUCCCCUGUGUCCUCUGGCAUAAACGAUAUUAUAUUUUCAAGUGACAACAAACGACUCUGUCUCGAUGAUGUUACACUUCCUAUGGGCCAAACACAAAGCAGCAGCUCAAGUGUAUCAUGCUCUGAUUUGCAGCAUUCUCCUUUCUCUGCCAAUCACAGUGCUUCAUCCAUGGGGGUUGGUGGACAUCAAGUUUUACUUGAAAAUAACCACAUGAAUGGGAGAGGGAUGGCUUCUCCGUUCUCAAAUGCAGAAAUGAAUCAGAAAGUCUCAUAUGAAGAAAAGAAUACCAAUCUACAAUCUGUGGACCAAGAACUGCAGGACCUCUUGGAAGAGUUAACCAAAAUGCCUGAUCCAUCUCCAAAUGACUUGGAUCUUGAGAAAAUCUUGUCUGGUAAGCCAGACGAGCCACUUGUCAUGAGUCAUUCUCAACCUAAUUUGAGUUCAACUCCCAAACUCUCCCCAGCACAAUCAUCUCAUUUGGACAACCAUAUCUCUAGCAAGGAUUUCUCUGGUGGUUGUAGUUCUGCAAAUGCUGGUUCCCCCCAAAUUAGACCUUCAUCUACAGGAACCAGUUAUCCAAUUUCUUCAUCAAGCAAGCCUGCUCAGUCACCUAUUCCUGCAAAUCAGAGUAAGGGUCAGUCACAGACUAUGUUACCUGCAUCAAUUGCUAACAUGCCUGGGUCAAACUGGCAUGCACAACAAUUGAAGCAACUGGCUGCAAGUAAACAAGUACCUCCAGGCAAGCAGCAAGUGCCAACACCAAACUGGCCAACAAUAUCACCUACAGGUCUGUCUCCACCAUACAGACCUGGAUCUUCUCCUCAGCAGCCUUUCAGCCCACAAAGUGUCAUGGUAACGAGCAUGAGCACAGGAAAUUUACAGGGAAAUACUAUACAAGGUUCACAAAAUGCUAUGUUAUCAAGCAUGCCUUCAGCCAGCAACCCAAGCAACAGGCCUUCUCCACCUUAUGUAUCAGAAAAGAUUGCAAGUCCAGCUAUUAACCAGCAACCGUUCAGCCCUCAGAACUCUAUGUUGCAGAAUAUUACAACAAGCAACAUCCCAGCAAACACUAUCAAAAGUCCCCAAAACAAUAUGGUGCCAAGUAUGGCACCUGCCAAUGCUGGACCUUCACCACCCUAUCAACCAGAGAAGCUCUCAAGCCCAGCUUUGCAUCAGCAGCCAUUUAGUCCCCAGAACACAUUAAUGUCCAGUCUUACCCCUACAGGCAGCCAGUCAAGCCUACAGAAUUCUCUCUUUAAGUCAAUGACCACAAACCAGCCAAAAAAUAUGAACAUGAUUAUGCAACAGCCUUCCAAUGGCUUGCAGGCUGGGAUAGUCAAUGACAGUUCAGGAGGCCACGACCAGUUUUCCUUUAACAACACUAAGCCACUAUCUCAUUUUGCCCCCGAUUCUGCUAACCAGAAAAUGAACUUGUCAUCAAAUCCUGGAUCACUAAUUCAUUAUCUUCAGCAGCAACAACAGCAGCAGCAGCAACAACAGCAGCAGCCCCAACAUCAGCCGCCAACGGUGCAGCAGAAUCAGCAAGUUGGCAACAGUCAGUUUCUCCAACAACAGAUCAGGCAGCUGAUGCAGCCUUCAAGGAUGCAGAGACAAAUGCAGUCCAGUGCUUUGCCUCCUCAAUCCAGACAGGAUCCAAAUGUUGGAAUUGUUCCCAGAAUGCAAGAACCAGGCUCCAUACCAAGUGCAGGACCGGGGCCUACUCCUCUCACGGCUAAUGGCUACAUACGCAAUGCAAUCUUGAAGGAGCAAAUAAUGAGGCGGCAGCAGGUAAAACCCAGGCCAAAUAUGAUGAGCAUGACGCCUGAACAGCGCAGCACAUUUGUAGCUCAGCAGAUGAACCAGUUUCAGAAUAUCCCCCAGUCUAUCCGAACAGACUGCAUCCAGCCUAUGCCAACACCACCCCAAGGUCAUCGAAUCAUCACAUCAACACAAGGGAUGAUUCAAACAAACAUGGGUGCUGGGAUUACACCACCAACAAUGAAUCAGAAUAGUGGGUCAAUGGUUAUGAUGAAUACUGCAAAGCAGCAAGGAAUAUUUCCAGCAGCAUCUUCAGAUUUCAGUAUGUCACUUAGACAAAACCAGAAUGCACUUAGUAUGGCUCCUGGCUACCAAACUGUGCAUAGCCAGUCUAACGUCCGACCUGGAAUGACACUGUCUGGACAUACCACCAGUUCAUUAAUAAAUCAUUCUGCAGCUCAGCAACAUUUACGGCAGGCCAACAUAUCAAGAAUUCCGAAUGUAUACGCCAGCCCUUCUUCUCAGAUGUGGACUCAAAGUGGAGUUUCAAGAAUAACAGGUCAAAACCAAAUGGAUCCCAGUUUGCAGCAAUUUUCUAAUAAUCCACUGUUCACCAAACAAAAUGUCAGACCAAAUAUGGCAAGCCAGCAAUUUCCUCAUCAGGGAGUGGUUCCUCCAAACCAGAUAGCUCCUGGGGUUCAUAUUAGACAAAUGCAAAAACUUGGUCUGUCCCAGGCAAAUCAAGGUGUAGGGUCCCUAAAUAACCCUAAUAUUGUGAACAGUUUGUCCCGUGGACAGCUAGCAGCCCUCAAUGCUAUGAAAGCAAUGCCUCAAGGUGUUUCUACCUUUAACCAAAUGAACCCUGGUCAACUUGGUCCACCUUCUUAUGGGCCAACAUCGGUCCAAACACCUGAAACCUUUGAUCGGAUGAACUCUGGGGCCGAGAUCCAUCAGUAUGAUUUUGUGGCAGCACAGAACAGUUCAGUACUGUCAGCAAACUGUAAUGAAGCAGAUUUCAUUGACUGCCUAAUGAAGGGUGGAGGUGGAAGCAGCAAUGACGAAGACUGGCUAAACAAUUUGACAAUUCUUGAUGACAUAUUGGGACAGCACAAUCAGAACUCUGGUCCAGUGUAGCCCUCCGUAAACAAAGACAUGUGGAUUUCAUUCAAAAGACUUGGAAUCAAUUGUUUAAAUCACAAGGUUAACCCGGUGGUUAAUAUCGGCAAUUCAUGCUUGUAAAUAUUUAAAUAUUUUUUAAAUUAUGUUUUUUUUUCCCAACAGUUAAUAGAAGUAUCGCUACUUCUGUGCGUGACUGUAUAUAAAAUUAUAGCAUAAUGUUUUGUUACAUUAGAGAGUUUUCAUUUCUAACACCUUGUUUAAAUAUGCAAAUAUCAUUAGUUUCAGUAAUACUAUGUAUUACAGUAUGAAAAAUUGUUAUGUUUUUUGACAUAACAAAAUUGUAGGGGGUGACAACGCAAACUGAAUGCAAUGCAUGCCCACAAACUAUAAUUUUCUUAAUAAUAAUGCAAGUUCAUGGUAAAGUGACCCUAAAAAAAAUUGGACUGCAAAAAUUAAAUUUACAAUUAAGCAGGAAUUUACUUUUUCAGCAUACAGGGUUGCCAACCGACAAUAGAAAGGAAUCUCAUAGAGGGAGGCCCUCAGUUAGGACUUGCCUCGAAUAACGGUAACUCAGAGCUGAGUAAAAUGGUCAUCGGCCAUUGAUUUGAGUGGCUUCCAUGUAAUGCUUGUCACCAAGGAACCCACAACAUGAGAACGGGUUGUCCUUUUAAUUACAUUAACCAAGGGGCAAAACAUUGGCAUCUUCAAAUAUGACCACAGUGUAAAAAAAAUAGGAGGGGGGAAUUUAUCAUUGAAGGUGCAACUGAGGUUAGUUUUUAUAUUGGAGUUUCUAUGCGCACCUGCGGCAAAUUUAUGAAACUAGGACUCAGUAAUAAUAAAUUUGGUACAAUAUGGGUUGCACCUAUCUCAGUAAAAGUACACCUGGGGGUUGCCUGGUUUGGAGUUGUGACUUUUUUGCAACUUUUUAAAAAGUCACAAUUCAUUAAUGUAGAGUGAUCUACUCAAAAAGUCUCACCAAAGUUUUACUCCAAAUCUGUAGGUGACGCUGGAAGGUGCAGUGCUCAAAAAGUCAUAUAACUUUUGUGCAAGUGACCCAAAAAUGUUGCAAAACCCCUACUUUUGAAGCCAGAAUGCUGCUGUGCAGGGCUUGAUAAAUUCCCCCUCAGAAGCUUUAAAAGUUGUCUGUAAACCCACCCUAAUCUUACUUGCUAUCCAAAUUCUUAAUUUAUUUUGGGAAAAAUAAGGUACAAAAGCAAAUUAAAUUUUGCUUUGUUUGAUAAGGACCACUAUGCUAUCUGUCUUUUUCUAAAUGGUAUGACCCAUAAGUGCCAGAAGACAAGUCAAUGUGUAGAGGUGUAACUUGAAGCUUGUAGGCCCCAAUGCGAAAUCUGCAACAGCCCCCAACCAUUUAUUACACUGGUGUCUUCUUAUGUGACAGAGGGAACUUUGAGCCCCUCAGUCACCCCUGCAUUGCCUACACCCCUGGUUUAAAUCCUUUGCUACCUAUGUUAAGAAAAAAAUUCAAACAUGAAGGUGACAUUAUCUACAACAGAACUGAAUGCACUUACAGUGAAAUAUCAACUGACCAAAUAUUCAGCUCAAUUAUCCAUCUUUUUAAUGUCAAUGUAAUGAGGAAAACAUAUUGUUGGUUUGCACACCUCUGUAUAUAUUUGUAGUAUAAAGGUGACUCGUUCCUGGGUUUAAGGCUUUCUCCCAGUUAUGUUUUACUGAAAAAAAACUGUUUCAACGGGAAAAAAAAACUAGACAUGAAUUUUGUCAAUUUUGUCUAUGAUGUUUUCUGUCGGCUAAUAUUGUCCAAUGUAUAUUUAAGAGUCUGUUUAUAAAAAAAAAUCCACUGUACUGUAAACCUAUAAAUGUUCAUACUUUUUGUGUAAUCAUAUUUUAAUAGUCGCACCAUAUUUCUGUAAUACAUUUGUAAUAUAAUGUCGGCAUCAAGCACAGAAUCAAUGAUGUUUUUCUUCAUACCAUAAUAAAGAGCCAGGGAAAUAAA